AUGCGAUCCACCCCCAGUAGAUUGGGUGGGCUUAUACGAAAGAAGUCGAAUAGUACCAAGAAAGCCGACAAACAGCGUCGAAAUAAGAAUGUGAAGCUAAAGAAGACGAAACACACAUGGAUCACAGCUAAGAUGGGAACAUCACGCAGC